UCUGCCCGGGCUGGGAGCCUCCUGACCCGGCGCGCCUCUCCUGCCGCCGCCCGGGGAAGGAGCACCAUGCCCCGCCGGAAGGUGCCCCUCUGCAGCUGGCUGGGCUCCUUCGCCCUCCUGGCCCUUUUCGCGCUGGGCAUCCUGGUGGGUUGGAGUGUGAAAUCUGUCCGCCGGUCGCCAGCAGGCAACUAUCAAGAUGCGCGAAGGCAACUGUUUGCAGAAAUGAAAGCUGACAACAUCAAGGAGUUUCUGCGCUCUUUCACAAAACUCCCUCAUGUGGCGGGAACGGAGCAGAACCUUCACCUGGCAAAGGAAAUCCAAGCCCAGUGGAAGGUAUUUGGCCUGGACACAGCCGAGCUGGUUCACUACGAUGUCCUGCUUUCCUACCCAAAUGAAAGCGCCCCCAGCUAUGUGUCCAUUACAGAUGAACAUGGAAACGAGGUUUUCAACACGUCACUCUUUGAGACUCCUCCUCCCGGAUAUGAAAACGUUUCUGGGGUGUUGCCACCUUAUAACGCUUUUUCGCCACAAGGCGUGUUAACGGCAGAUCUGGUGUAUGUUAAUUAUGGACGCACCGAAGACUUUUUCAAGUUGGAGCGAGAGAUGGGUAUCAACUGUACCGGAAAGAUUGUCAUUGCCCGUUAUGGAAAGAUCUUCAGGGGAAAUAAAGUUAAAAAUGCCAUGUUAGCUGGAGCUAAAGGGAUUGUACUUUACUCAGACCCUGCUGAUUAUUGUGCACCGGGAGUGAAUCCCUAUCCAGAUGGGUGGAACCUUCCUGGAGGAGGAGUCCAGCGUGGGAAUGUAUUAAAUCUAAAUGGUGCAGGAGAUCCACUUACCCCAGGGUAUCCAGCAAAAGAGUACACCUUCAGGUAUGAAGUUGACGACGGAGUCGGGAUUCCCAGAAUCCCAGUUCACCCCAUUGGCUACCAUGAUGCAGAAAUACUGUUGCGUUUCAUGGGAGGUCAUGCGGCUCCGGACAAGACUUGGAAGGGAAAUCUCAACGUUUCCUACAACAUUGGACCUGGAUUUUCAGGCAGUCACUCUGUAAGAAAAGUCAGAAUGCACAUUCACGCAACCAGUAAACUAACACGCAUCUACAAUGUGAUUGGGACCAUCAAAGGUGCAGUGGAGCCUGAUAGAUAUAUUAUUUUCGGAGGCCACAGGGAUGCUUGGGUAUUUGGUGGAAUCGACCCAACCACGGGGGCAGCUGUGCUUCAAGAGGUUGCCCGCAGCUUUGGCAAGCUGAUGAAGAAAGGUUGGAGGCCUAGAAGAACUAUUGUUUUUGCCAGCUGGGAUGCAGAAGAAUUUGGAUUAUUGGGAUCCACAGAGUGGGCGGAGGAGAAUGCCAAAAUCCUGCAGGCCCGGGCUGUCGCUUACAUCAACACAGACUCUUCUAUAGAGGGCAACUACACACUGAGAGUUGACUGCUCUCCUCUUCUCAACCAGUUAGUGUACCGUCUGACCAAAGAGGUCUCCAGCCCUGAUGAAGGGUCUGAAAGCAAAUCGCUCUACGAGAGCUGGCUCGAAAAGGACCCUUCCCCUGGAAGCCCACCUCUUCCCAGAAUAAACAAGCUGGGAUCGGGCAGCGAUUUUGAAGCGUACUUUCAGCGGCUGGGGAUCACGUCUGGCAGAGCCCGCUACACUAAGAAUAGGAAGCUGGACAAAUUCAGCAGCUAUCCUGCCUACCACACUAUCUACGAGACCUUUGAGUUGGUCGAGAGGUUUUACGACUCCACCUUCAGGAAGCAGCUUGCCGUCGCUCAGGUCCGAGGAGGCUUGGUUUACGAACUGGCCGAUUCCCAAGUCAUCCCUUUCAGUUGCCAAGAUUAUGCCGAAGCCUUGAGAUCCUACACCCAGGAGAUCUAUGAUUUGGCCCAGAAACACAAGACAGCACUGGAGACUUACGACGUAUCCUUUGAUGCUCUUUUUUCCUCCGUGGCUAAUUUCACUGCAGCUGCGGCAGAUUUUCACCAAAGGUUGGCGCAGCUCGAUAAGAACAACCCCAUAGCCGUGCGGAGCAUGAACGAUCAACUGAUGCUUCUUGAGAGAGCGUUCACUGACCCGCUGGGCUUACCAGGCAGACCAUUCUACAGACACGUUAUUUUUGCACCGAGCAGCCACAACAAGUAUGCCGGCGUCUCCUUCCCCGGGAUCUUCGACGCCAUGUUCGACAUUUCGAGCAAGAAGGAUCAGCGGAACGCGUGGCAGGAGGUCAAGAGGCAGAUCUCCAUUGCCGUCUUCACGGUGGAAUCUGCCGCAGGGACUCUGACAGCUGCCGUGUAGGUGGUUUCCUCCGCAGGGGUGAUGCUCACUUGUGGCACAGCCAAGUGAGAACAGAUCCAGCAACUACAUCCUAACAACAAUUUGCUUGGUAUUUCCAGGAAGUUAAAGACACGUGGCAGGCAAAACUAGGAUGGGAAGACCCAACAUAUUCCCCGAUUUUGUCCUUAACUGAGGUCGUUAUCUUCAGCCGGUCAAGGGAUGGAGUUCAGAUCAACCUCUUCCAACCUUGACCUUGCGUUGUUAUUUUGAACUGGGCAGAGACUCUGAGCCCCUGAAGGAAAGCUACACGUCUCCUUUCCUCCAAACUCUGUCCUACCACAUGUUACAUUUGGGACAGACUCUUCCAACAUGGCUUUGGGGACCUCCUUGGUUUCUCAAGAUCUGAGAGAUGUCAGGUCAGAAUCCCCACUUUGCUGUGCAAGCUUGCUGGGUGACUUUAGGACAGUCACGCCCUCGAUCUAAUCUACCUCACAGGGUUGUUGUGGUGAUAAAAAGGUGAGAAUUGUAAAUGCUGUCCAUUGGGGGAGGGGGGAAAGUGGGGUAUAGAUGAAAUAAACAGCUUUAGCCCGUUGAGAUCAAAA